CUUUUGGACUUUCUGUUCUUCCUUUUAAGACUUUUCUUGAUUUUCAUUUGAUAAAAGAAAGUUCUUGUGGGUUUAUGCCUACCGGGUUGCGGCGGAAAAUUGGGUUUGUAACUUUCUACCAAAAAAUAGAUUGACCCGGCAAUUUCAUACUACUAUGUUAAGUCUUCCACUUUCACAUUCUGAUUUAUUUAAUGUUGGAAAGUCCAAUGGCUUGCUUUGAUGAAACCAGGCAACAGCAAUCACGCCAACUAAUAAUAAAUGCUUGGUUUGGAAGAAGGGAUGGGUUUGGUUUGGUGGGCGUAGAUCUCAUUUUCUCUUGGUUUUGCUGUGUCCAAGUUUGGACCUUGGAAUUCAGUGCACAUGCCAAUCAUCCCUUUUGCUAUCUCCCUCCCUCUCUCUCUCUCUUCCAUUUUCCUGGAAGUAGACUAACUAGGCAGCUUAUUAGCUUCUUUUCACAUGUAGCGCCAAGAACCAAAAAUCUUAUUCUAAUCAGAAAAUUAUGCGCCACCGAAUUUAGAAGUUGGGAAGUGGGAAAGUGAGAACAAUUACCAGCUAACUAACAACAAGCAACAAAAGGGGUAGGAGAAGGACCCCUCCAUCAUCCCUGUUUUUUUCCUUUUGUUUUUCUAUUUGUUCUUGUUUGUAUUUAUCUGGGCUUUGUUUUUAUCACUUCGAUAUUUUUCCUGUCUGAACUGGACAAUGUGAACUUUGGUGUUUCUUGUCUCAAAGACCACAUUUUUACUGCAACGAUAACUGCAUUGUAUUGAGGAAGGAAAAGGGUGAACAGGGCUGGUUGGGGGGGAUUUAGAGAAAGAGAAAGGGGAAGAUGUUCAAGUUGCAGAGACCAAACUCCAAGUCAACUAAAUCAGGAGAAAGGGUUGAUUUCAAGUUCUCCAGUUUCCAAGCUCUUCAGGUGCCAAAGGGAUGGGACAGGCUUUUUUUAUCCAUGAUAUCUGCAGAAUCUGGGAAGACAGUAGCAAAGUUGGGCAAGGCAUUGGUGCGUAGCGGAAAUUGUCAAUGGACAGAAACUAUUUCUGAAUCUGUGUGGGUAUCAAAAGAGUCUGAAGAAUGUAUCUUCAAGUUUGUUGUUUCCAUGGGUUCAUCCAGAGCUGGCAUCUUAGGAGAAGCAACAAUCAAUAUGGCAUCGUAUACUAGUUCGAAGAUGUCUUCUUCUCCUGUUUUAUUACCCUUGAAAAAAUGCAGCCAUGGGACUGUAUUGCAGGUCAAAAUCCAAUGCUUAACUCCUAGAGCCAAUAUCAGUGAGCAAGAUAGAGGCGAGGAUGUAGAUCAUCAUGGCUACAAUGCCAAUAGAACAGGCGCAGCUCAUACUUCUCUUCUUCAUGGUGCUAAAUUAUCUUCAAGUAGAGCUCCAGGCUUAGUAUCUCACCAAGAAGACAACAAGAACAAGGAACUAAGUUAUUCAAGUAGUGACUCAAAUUCCAUAUCGGACCUGGACCGGGACUCUAGGAAAACAGAGAAGGAUCUUAGUAGCACUCCUCAAAGACACUUUGGAGCUAGCUCAAAGAUUGAUUCAGCUCAAGAUAACUAUCCCUUUGAUGAUUCUUCUUUUUCCAGCCAGUCAUCUCGUAAGUCAAGUUCAAGAAAUCCAAUGUUGGAUUCACGGAUUAGUGGAAAAGAGUCUGGAGUAGCAUCUCCAAAUAAUCAUGGGUCUAAACAUCUCUUAGAAGCUGCUGGAAGUACUAUCGAGGAACUUCGUGCGGAGGCCAAAAUGUGGGAAAGAAAUGCCAGGAAGCUGAUGGUUGAUUUGGACUCAUUGAGAAGUGAAUUCUUAGACCAGUCAAAAAAACAAGCUGACUUAGUAAUGGAACUUUCUGCAGCAUAUACAGAACAAGGAGGUCUGAAGAAAGAAGUUGAACAAUUGAAACUCAUGUUGGAGGAUGCAACUCAAAAACAGAGAAGUAUGGAAGAUUCAACUUUUCAAACUGAAGGACUCACACCAAUUCAGAAAGAAUUAGAAAGUGAGAUAAAAUAUCAGCAACAAGCUAAUGCUAACCUAUCCCUGCAACUUCAGAGAAGCCAAGAGUCAAAUAUUGAGCUGGUUUCAAUUCUUCAGGAGCUGGAACAGACCAUAGAGCAACAGAAAGCUGAGAUCGAAAAUCUUUCUGCACUACAAUUGAAGGAUACUGAAAUCAACAGUUCUUCUGAAAACACUUUGAUGGAGAAUAAAGAUGUAUUGAUUCAGCUUCAACAACUUCAGGAUUCAGAGAAGGCAUUGAAGACCAAUGUACAGCAUCUUGAAAAGGCAUUGCAUGAGAAAAUGAAUGAGCUGGAAAAAGAGCGGAAAUUGAAUAGCCAGUCCCUUUUAGAUAUUGAGAGAGACUAUAAAUUUCAGUUGUGUGUAAAAGACGAAGAAAUAGCCAAAUUACAAGCAAAGGGGCAAAGUUCUAUGGUUGGAGUAUGCUCUGAGGACUCAGCACAGGUUGAUGGAAGAAAUUUGGAUUUGAUCAAAGAAAUUGAAAUCUUAAAGGAGAAAGUGCAGGAGCUAGAGAGGGACUGCAAUGAGCUUACUGAUGAAAAUUUGGAGCUUUUAUUGAAACUUAAGGACUCAAAGAAUCAAUCUCUCGAGAAAUGUGAAUCUUUUAGUUCAGCAUCUAGUGAUCUGCCUACUAAGUCCUUCAGUGCACAAUCUGACGUAAGUGACACUGAACCCCAGGUGUAUGAUCUAGAGUUCAAGACAAAGAUGAAGGAGGCAGAGCAAUGGGCUACAUUCGAAGCUCCUGAACUGUUCUCUGAGUUACUGAACCAACUUGAGAUGGCUGUCCAUAUCCUAACAAAGCCAUUGUCUAUCCCUUCUGAUGUUAGUAAUAAGUGUGAACUUCUUCUUCAAACCUUGGUGAAUGCAAACAAGAAAGAUUCACCCAAUUUAAAAGUAUUGGGUGAAUCAAUAGCGAAGUACUUCUUUGAGCUAAACAGUCUCUUGGACGAUAGAAUAUCUGAGUUUGAGCGGAUAUUUGGCUGUAGUGAAAUUGAGAUCCAGAAGAGAGAUGAGACCAUUGCUGAAGCUCAAACGAAUCUGGAAGAUCAUGUUCUGAAGGUUCAACAGCUUGAGAGUUCCAAGGCUGAACUUGAAGCUGAUUUUCAAAAUCUGCAGAAGAGACUGUCUCAAGUGGAAUCAGAAACAGGAAAGUUAUUGCAUGAUCUGGGGGUAAGGGAUGAGCAGAAUGGCAUUCUAAUAUCUGCAAAUGAACUUCUUGAAAGAAAAUCAGCUGGGCUAGAAGUGGCAAAACAGGAAUUAGAGAGCAAAUUAGUACAGUUGGAAGAGGAAAAUUUGCUGCUGCAAGGAAACAUAACUGGUAUGGAUAACCUAAAUGAAAACAUGCAAGUUAUGCAAGCUCAACUAUUGGAGGCUCAAAGAUACUCUGACUGUCUGAGUGCAGAAAAUCAGGACUUGCAAGAAUCUGUUGUCAGACUUACUGAAGAGCGCGACAGUCUCAAGAAGUUGAAUGAAGAAUUGCUGAGAAAAGAGUGGGAACUUCUUGAACAUUGUGAAAAGAUGAAGGCUCGUUUAGAAAGGACAGAAACUGCUUUCUUUGAUAGUUCAAAAAAAGUUGAGGCUCUAGAAGAAAAUCUUAAUUCAACUCUUGAAGCUUUUUCAUUGAAAGAGAAAAGUCUAAAAUCUGAAUUAGAAAACCUUCUUCAGCAGCACAAAGUAACUGCAAAUCAGAUGCAUUUGGAGACAUUAACUGAAGUUGAAAACCUUCAGGAGGAGGUUGACAGACUGACAAAGGAAAUCACUGUAGUGCAUUCGGAAAAAGAAAGACUAGAGUCUGAAAUUUCCAUUCUGCUUGCGGAUAAAGAAAAGUUGGAAUCUGCAGUUACAGAAGCUCAGUCAAAAUUGGAGACAGCUGAACAUGAGAUCAAUACAUUAAGAGCUGAAUCUGAAUUGCAGGUGCAAAGCAUGACAAGUGACCUCACUGCUUCCAAACAGAGUCAUGAGACAGUAAUGGCUAACAAUGAAAAAAUGAUGAAACAACUGGCGACUUACAGGGCAACAGAAGAAAAGUUGAAGACGGCUGUGAACAACCUUGAAUUGAAGCUUACUGUUACAGAAUACGAAAAUCAACAACUCCGUGAAGAGAAUGCCAGUAAGAAAUUUCAAUUGCAAAAUGUAAGUGACAUUCAGGAUGAAGUCAUAGUUCUGAAAAACAAAGUUGAAGAGUACAGAAUUGAGAAGGAAAAGCUGGAAGCAUCACUGGACACAAUAACUGCAGAUUAUGAAAGUCUGAAGGCUGAGAAACUUUCUUGUACCAAAAGAUUAUCAAGCUUAGAGGAAUCCAUGAUUGAGCAUGAGAACUACAAACAAAAGGCAAUAUCCUUGGAAGAAAAGCUACUGCAGGUGGAAGGUGAUUUAUUUGCAAAAGAGACCUUGUGCGUGGAGGAGAAGGCUUAUCUGGAAAAUGAACUAAGUGAAGUGAAAGAGAUGAACAAGCAAUACCAGUUAAAGAUAUAUCAACUUGAAGAGGAGAAGUCAGAGUGGUUGCAGAAAGCUCGAGCCUUGGAAGCAAAAUUAGAGAAGGAAUAUGACCUCAGCAGAAAGGUCAGUAAUAAGUAUGUUGCUGAGGUAGUAGAUACUCAUCCGGUUGAAAUGACUUAUGAGCUUGCUGAGGUUCCAGAGGCAGAAAAGAUGCACAAGAUUCAGCUGCAAAGGUAUGUGAAAAUUGCAAUCGGAUACCCUUUAGAAUACUUGAAUAACUGAAGACGUGUGCUAUGUACCCAAUUUCUGAAAGAACAAGCCUCCAUUGGUUAACCUUAGUGGAUGUCGACUUCAACAAUUUCCUCUAUAUUAAAUCCUCUAACUAGCUUUCUUGAUACUGUAGUUUUUCAUCUGAGGAGCAAAGCAGUGGUACAAUGGAUUCAAACAAAUCACUCGUAGAUGAGCACAAAAUGAUAAGAGAAAGAUUUGAGCGAACAAAAUCGUCGCUAGAGACCGAGCUAAGAGACCUUCGAGAACGCUAUUUGCAGAUGAGCCUCAAGUACGCAGAAGUAGAAGCCGAGCGGGAGGAUCUCGUGAUGAAGCUCAAGUCAGUCAAAAGUGGAAAGAGGUGGUUCGGUUAGUAAACAUAACAGAUUCCUUUCAGCCCCCAAAUACCUUUUUUUUUCUUUUUGUUAUACUCUUCAUUUUUCCAAGAAAAGGAGAGAGAUUGAAUCUUCAGAUGUAGUAUCCUUUUAGAAUAGAUGAUUGACUGGGAGGUGAAUAAACAGUGAAAAAAAAAAGGCAAUGAAUAAGUGAUCAGAGAGGGAAAAAAGCAUUUUGUAUAUACAUGUACAGUUAAUCAACCAUAUACUUACAACUCAAACACAGAAAUAGCUUAUUACUUCAAUAUCAGAAUUCAGAUUUAUUUAUUUA